AGGUAAGAGCAGGCGAAGCUCAAAUUCAUUUCAGCCGGUGGUGUUGUGGGCACAGCACGUUGCAGGAGCCUAACGUGACGCACAGGGAGCCGGGACACACACGCAUAAACACGCUAUCGAAUGGAUUACCCCCCUGACAUGGGCCCUUGAACUCCGACACGCAGAGGAGUGGUACAGAGCACUCACAACCUUUUUUCGGUCACUUUCACACAAAAAAAAGGGGAAAGUACCUUUGAUGAAGACUUGUUAAUUUCUAUUUUUUGAUCUGCCUAAUUCACCCAGGAGUCAGCUCACAUCAGUCAGAUGUGAAUAUUUUUUCUCCUGUCACAGCUGAAGUGGUGAAGUGAGUUACCGAGAGAAGAGAGCAAAACACGAGAGACAACGACACGUGAGAAAGCUUACCAUGCACUGAGAACAAGGAAUGGAAAGCAUCAGUGUGGAAACAGACUGGGAUGGGUUAGCUCUCUCCUCUCUCACCACAGGAAGGAACAACUUCUCUUCCUCGUCCCUGUUCGUCUCUGAAGUGACCUCGGUCAACACUUCUCACAGCGGGGGAUCCUUCUUUGGGAUCUUCCCCGAGAAUGGUUCCACCACCACGCCUCACACCCUGCCCCAACCCAGGACCAGGGACCUGGGCCUGGCCAGGGCAGAGAUCGCAGUGCUCGGGAUGGUACUGGCUUUUACCACCCUGGGGAACAGCUUUGUGCUGUGGGUGCUGAUGAGGAGGAGGAAGCACAACGCGCCCAUGCACGUGUUCAUGGUCAACCUGUGCGUGGCGGACCUGGUGGUGGCCCUCUUUCAGGUUCUUCCUCAGCUGAUAUGGGAUAUCACCGAGAGGUUUCAGGGGCCCGACUUGCUGUGCCGAUCCAUCAAGUACUUGCAGAUUGUCGGCAUGUUUGCUUCCUCUUAUAUGAUAGUUGCCAUGACAGUAGACCGGCACCACGCCAUCUGCUGCCCGUUGCAGGCCUACCGUGGGGGAGCAAUGUCCCGCUGGAACACCCCUGUCAUGGUGGCCUGGGCCCUGGCACUAAUCCUCAGCAUACCGCAGGUGUUCAUCUUCUCUCGCUCAGAGGUGGCUCCCGGAGAGUUCGAGUGCUGGGGACACUUUGCUGAGCCGUGGGGACUGAAGGCCUACGUCACCUGGAUGACCGUGGCUGUCUUCGUCCUGCCCGCCCUCAUCAUCACCGUCUGUCAGAUAAGAAUCUUCAGAGAGAUUCACAAUAACAUCUACCUGAAGUCCGAGAGGAUGGUGGUGGCUGAGAUGAAGAAGAGUGAAAUCCUCUUCCGUUUCCAAAGCCUGAAGAAGGUGGAUGAGCGGGCCAGGGAGAGGGGAAGACGGGCGUCCGGAGGUGGGGGCAAGGAAGGGAGAGGAGCACAGCCCCUCAAGGGAAUAACGAAUAACAGCCCUCACAAUAACAAACACAACAGCCAAGCGGGAGAGUGUUACGAUUAUGUACCAUCCGCUAUUCAGUACAACAGCUGCCCCGAUGAACAUGUGACAACAACAACAUCACCGACGCAGCAGCAAACAAUGAGCAGCUCCGAUUGCCAGGAGUCGUACACGUCUUACGAGCUGACCGCAGGCUCACCCCGCUGCUCCCUCGACUAUGUCCCCCCUCAACCUCCGGCCACUCCACCUCCGAGCAUCACGAAGGCCAUGUCCAAGACAGUGAGGAUGACCCUGGUCAUCGUGUUGGUCUACACUAUCUGCUGGUCGCCAUUCUUCAUCGUCCAGAUGUGGGCAGCUUGGGACCCCAACCCUCCAGACCAGGGAGUGGCCUUCACUAUCCUGAUGCUGCUGGCCAGUCUGAACUCGUGCACCAACCCGUGGAUCUACACAGCCUUUUCCAGCAGUGUCUCCAGAGAGCUGCAGAACCUGCUGCACUGUUGGUCACGCCGCGGCCGCCGCGGCUCGCUGCCCGACGACUCCACCACGACACACACCUCCACCACCAAGGACAGCCUGUACUGACAGACACUGAUGAGACAGCAACAUGACAUGUUUGAAAAGACACGCAUGGGUGGGCAGGUGCUCGUGGCAAGGACGCGCUGCUCCUCACAACUCCGCCGCCACCAACGGCACCGCCGCCCGACUACAGAGAGCGCUGACCUCCACCAGAUGUUUCCAACAACAAAGGACAGCUGUACUGGCAACAGGACCGCUGUCUGUAAUCACCUGCCCUCACCGCCCCACAGCAGUAAAGAAGGGUGUCAUUGAAGGUGUCAACACCAUUUUAUGGGGGCACUGUGGAAUAUACAGUGGAAGUCAGUGACAGCAUGUGCAAUACAAAAGGGCCUUGAGAGAAAAGACGUUUUUCUGCUCUCUUGCCCUGCUCAGACAGAGCAGAGCGGCAGGAAUGCAAAGGGUGGAUCACUGCAUUAAUGGCCUUAUGGCACGCCUAAUGUACACAGCAGAAGGCAAAGCUGUGGGUGUAGAGAAAACAAAGCAGUGGGCAAAAGGAGAGGGAGAGAGGGAGUGGGAGACACACAGACAGAGAGGAAGACUGCUGUUGGACUGAGAACAGACGGGGAUGACCUGCAGGAGUGGUCCUGAGAAAGCUGAAGUUGAAUAAUGCAACUACUGUAAUAAUGUGAACAAACUUCGUUAUAUCAAAGAGAGUGGAUUAGAGAUGGAUGCUUGAGGCUGAAUUCCUUUUCGGUCAGGAGGAAUCAGGUUGCAAAGAACAAUAGUGAUCUGUGAGCAAGAUGGAUGGAGAUUCACUCGCGAGGACAGUGGCACAGAGUCAAGACACCCCCAACCACCCUCACAGGGGAACUGGAGUACCGUGGAUUAAUGCAGAAACACAGACACACAACACAGAAGUUGAGGGUUGGACCCUGGACAAUUCAGGUUUCUGGGACACAAUUAUGUGAUUGUAUUUCGUACAUACACAGCACAUGAGGUAUAAAAAUAUUACCUUCCUGUCCUGAUCUCCUGAAAGUACAUGAACAUUACGGAGGAGGCGCAGGAAGGAAAACCAACAUCAAACAUUCAGCAGCAUUCCAGUGACGAACAAUGUAAAGUAUAUUUAUUGAAAAUGCAAGGCACAUUAGAUGAUAUCACAUUUUGUGUAAGAUAAAUGUCGAAUGUAAAUCAUACAAUUGUAAUGGUCCGAUGUGUGUCAUAGAAAAAAAAGGAGAUGUCAAACCAAAGUUGUUUCUAAGAAAAAUUGCUGUACUGUAGAAUAUUUUCAGGUCUUAAUAGUCGAGCUAUGACAAAGCUUCAUCAGAUUAGAAACCAUUGCACAUCAUGUAGGCUGCAUGUCAGUUCAAGAAAAACUCCACAUCAGCAGUGAAAAUACUCCCAGUCAAAGCCAAGUGCCUGUAAUGUCAGCAGACAUUUUUUUUAGCGGGGCCUACCUCGUCGGAUUAAUCUUAUUCUUAGACAGAAUUACCACCAGAGCAGGGAUCACUGGGUAUGUCAUAUUUCACCAUGAGCCAUGUGUUCCACUAUCUUUUUAUUUAUUGUUGCAUAAAGAAAAAUAUACACACA